UUUUUUUGUAGUACACACAAUGGGGAAAUUCGGCUCCCCGUCCCAUUCUCCCAGAUGGGUUUUGCUUAGUGCCAGGAUUUCAGCACUUCAGCUUCCUUCAUCGGUUAAAUUGCCCCAGCGAUAUUACUCAGGGCGAGCGCAAUCCAAAGAAUCUAGUGCUCUCGCAGAAUCCAAAGCAGGAGGUUCUGAAAUUUCAACCGCAACAGCCUUUGAAACUGUGAAAGAAACAACUAAAACAGCUGGUAACUUAGGAGUCAUUCUCUUUGGAUUGGGAAUCACAGGAUCAAUUUUAUAUGCAGUUUGCCAGGAGCUCUUCUCUGGAAACAGCCCUAAUAAUAUAUAUUCUGAUGCAUUGGAUAAAUGCAUAAAAGAUCAAAGGAUAAGGGAUCACCUGGGUGAGCCCAUCAAGGCAUAUGGAGAAGAAAAUGCUCGUGGGCGGAGGAGACAUGUCAGUCAUAGUGUUUAUGAAGUAAGUGGGCAAAAACACAUGUUCCUUAAGUUUUACAUUCAAGGAUCUCGUAAAAAAGGAACUGUUUAUGUGGAAAUGAAAGCGGAUGACAAAGGUAACUUUCAGAGGAAUAUAUUAGCUGUAGAAUUAGAUGAUUUACUAAGAACCAAAAUUGUUUUGGAGAACAACAGAGAGACUGAAGUGCCUUCAAGUGAGUCCCUGCCCACAUUAUUCUAGAUAUUAUUGUGUACUAUGUUUUUAAAAUUUUGGAAUGUGUGGAAGAACCUAUGUUGGCUUAAACUCUCACUUGGAAAAUGUGAGAAGUUGUAGUGCAUACUAAGUGACAAAUAUUGUGAACUUGGUUCUUGUUGUGAAGGGAGAAAGAUUAUACAGACUGACUACUCUUUCAACUGUAGAGUGACUGUAAGGAGAAGAACAGCAAGGCUGUGUUGUAAAUAGAAAAGCUAUUGGAUUUUAAAGAAA